GCACACUUCCAAGCAACCCGCUCCGGACGGAGACUCCCACGCCGCCGCUGCCGCCGCUGCUACCGCUGCCUUCAAGAACUUCUUCGCCCCCUUUUUUAUUAUUAUUUCCCGACAACUUCUCCUCCAAACUCUUGCAGAUCCCCCCGCAAAGGUCCGAGACUUCCCGCGGCUGACUGCAUGGCUACGUGAAAAGUUUCAUGGACUUGGAACUUGGAGGAAAAGUUUUCGCGGCGCUUUUAUUGGAGCUCGUCGCCUCUCCAGUUACUGUGGAUUACUGACAUAUCGCGGGGACCUUUGGCAGCUUUUUAUUGGGGGUUAUCACCGUGUCUUCUGCAGAGGUCUUAGCCGAGAUGGGGAGCAAAGCCUUGCACGCUCCGAUCCCCCUGCACCCGGCCCUGCAGCUCACAAACUACUCCUUCCUGCAGGCCGUCAACACUUUCCCCGCUGACCAGCUGCAAGGGCUGUACGGCCUCAGCGCCGUGCAAACCAUGCACAUGAACCACUGGACCCUCGGUUACCCGCACAUCCAAGGACUGAGGUCGACGAUCACGGAGAUGGCAGCCGCCCAGGGGCUGAUGGACCCCAGGCUUCCCUUUCCUGCGUUGCCCUUCACGGCCGCAGCGCAGCUCUUCCAUCCAAAACAAGCCGCCAUUGCGCACGGCAUCCCCUCGCUGCACAAGGACAGGCCGAGGUUUGACUUCGCCAACCUGGCCCUGGCUGCCACUCAGGAGGACCCGCCGAAAGCUGUGGAUCUGGUGAAGUUGGCGUCGGGGCUAGGGGGAACCAUGUCUGAGCUGAGCAAGCUGUCCCCGGACAGAAAACCCACCCGGGGAAGACUCCCGUCCAAGACUAAAAAGGAAUUUAUUUGCAAGUUCUGCGGCAGGCAUUUCACCAAGUCCUACAACCUCCUCAUCCACGAGAGGACCCACACGGACGAGCGGCCCUAUACCUGUGAUAUUUGCCACAAGGCUUUUAGAAGGCAAGACCACCUCAGAGACCACAGAUACAUCCACUCCAAGGAAAAACCAUUCAAAUGUCAAGAAUGUGGGAAAGGGUUCUGUCAGUCUCGAACUCUAGCCGUCCAUAAAACCUUACACAUGCAGGAGUCCCCCCACAAAUGCCCCACAUGCGGAAGAACCUUUAAUCAGAGAAGUAACCUGAAAACUCACCUUCUCACCCAUACAGACAUCAAGCCCUACAGCUGUGGCCGCUGCGGAAAGGUGUUUCGGCGCAACUGUGACUUGCGACGGCACAGUUUGACGCACAGCCCGACACAGGACUACUAGCCCAUGGGACAGACUAUAACACAAACUAAAAAAAAGAAGGACAAAAAGACGACAAAACAACAAAACAAUGGACACAUACAAAAAGAAGAAGAAGAAAGAAGAAGAAAACACUCCCAACCCGCAUGGAAGACAAGUCCCGCGACUUGUUUUUUGUUCCAAAGACAAUUCUCCCAAAAAAAUGAGGACACGUUUUACUGGAGUGGAGAUUUCGGGUUGCAUCUCAAGUGGGACAAAGCACGCGGAGCCAUGUGUCCAUGUCCAGCUUUAUCACACCGCCUGUAAAUAUCAAGACAUACAUGUACAUACAGUUGCAUUUUUUUUUUUUGGGCCUUUUUUUUUCUCCUUCCUGACCUUGAAAUGAUAAAGGUGUCCAAAAACGAGUCAUACGUUUUAAAGUAUGUUAAAUUGUAUUUUAGAAAUAAAUAUUUCCAUGAUAUGUG